CGAAGCGACUGAAGAGGGUUUGGACCAGAGGCGUCUCCUUACAAGCAUUGGACGCCUCGUUGAGUGAUGGGAUUUGGUGAGAGUUCAUGGAGUUCCAGGCAGUCUCGUCCAUCGCUGCACUUUCCAGCCAACAACUGGGCGUAUUGAAACAAGGUGGCAUUGUGAAUGUAGCAGACCUGCUGCUCGCGUCUCCUUUUGAUGUCGCCAGGAAAGCUCGGGUGUCCGUAAAAGACGUUGAGGAAAUCUUGGACACGGUCUGCCAUGCAUUGGCGAAACAGCCUCGCGCUCUAGAGGAUGUCCAACGUGAAGGGGAUGAAAAGUUUACUACUGGAGAUGAACGACUAGAUGAGGCUCUCGGUGGUGGCGUUCGGAUGGGGAUGCUCUGGGAAGUCGUUGGCGAGAGCGCUGCUGGUAAAACACAACUCGCUCUCCAGCUAUCUUUGAUGGUCCAGCUCCCUCCUAGGCUAGGAGGCAUCGCGGGCUCUACGUGCUACGUGACGGUCACGACUCUCCUCCCUACGUCUCGCCUUAUAGACAUAAGGGACAACCACCCACUCCUCUCGCCUUCUCUAUGUGAUCUAUCGGACGUACACACCAUCAAAGCCCCCGGGAUCCCUAUUCUCCUUCACGUACUUUCCAGACGUCUGCCGGACCUCCUGGACCAGCUGUUAUCUCAGCGCGACCGCAAGCCGGUGAAGCUGCUCGUUAUCGACGCGCUGACCGAGCUGUUCCACUCGCACGACCGGGUCUCGAAGGACACGCUCUUCCAGCGGUCCAAGGACCUCACCAAGAUCUCGGCGCUCCUGCACGGCAUCGCGAGCAAGUACCAGAUCGCCGUGCUGGUCCUGAACGAGGUCGUGGACGUGUUCGAGCAAAGCGCCGACGCGGACAUGGGCAGGCCGGACGAGGUGCUCUACCGCGAGCAGUCGCGGUUGUUCAGCAGGGCGGACUACGUACCCGGCGGCAGCCGCAAGGAGGCGAGCUUGGGCCUCGUCUGGGCCAACCAGAUCAACGUGAGAGUGAUGCUCAGCCGUACAGAGCGGAUGCGUGUCCUCGACGAGGACGACUCUCGGGCAGCGAAGCGUCCGCGGCUCGAAAGGCCGCAGGCCACCGUCGCCCAGCCCAUCCGCGUCAGGCGGCUGAACGUCAUUUUCAGCUCUGUCGGUCCUCCGGCGGCUCUCGACUACGUCGUGCGCAAGGAGGGUAUAACCACGCUGCCUGAAGAC